CGGCAAACUGGCAGCAGCUCAAAGAGAAUACGAGGAAAUAUGAUCCAUAUGAUGGUACUAUAAAGGCUACCACCAACCUCAAGCCUUCACUGAAGACCUGGUCAUCAACGCCACCAUCACCUACAAUUGUCUCCUUUGUCCUCAGCAGUGCCAUUCCUCCUCUCGACCUCGGCAUCCUUCCUCGACUGCAACCCUCUUCCAGGCGGAUAUCGGAAAGUGGCUGGCUUGGCUAUGAAGUUACUGGGCCAUCUGACUCUGAUGCUUCUGCUAGGAGGAAUCUGUUGCCAGAAUAACCGCAAUGCCAAACCCAGUGGCAAAUCAUCCAAGAAGUCUGGAAACCAGGGGAGUGAGAGCGUUCAUCAUGCCCCAGAAGAUGAGUCUCAUUCUGGGCCUGGAGGGUCAACAGAGUCAGGCAAGGAGGGGAGCUCUGCGGCUCGGACGGCCAAUCAGCAGUCAGGUUCUGGGAACAAGGCCACGGAUGAUAUGAAGCUGCACUUCCUCAAGAAUUCCCAGGUGACUUGCAACGACGGCUCCGCUGCCGGGUUUUACCUAAAGGAGUUCAAAGGCAGCAAGCGAUGGCUGAUAUUUCUGGAAGGGGGUUGGUGCUGCUACAACAAAGAGACCUGUGAGACCAGGUACAUAAAUAUCCCCCGGCUCAUGAGCUCAUCCGACUGGUCCCUGACACGCAAAGGAACUGGGAUAUUGUCCACCCAGGCAGAGGAAAACCCUCACUGGUAUAACACUAACAUUGUAUUGAUUCCCUACUGCUCCAGUGAUGUAUGGAGUGGUACGGGGCCAACGCCUGUCAAGGCAGGAAAGGGAAAAGAGAAAGAGAAGGAAAAGGAGAAAGACACAGAUGCAACCGAGUACACCUUCAUGGGUUCCCAUAUCAUUCGUGAAGUCAUCAAAGACCUCGUCCCUAAAGGGAUAAAGCAGGCAAAGGUUGUCAUGCUGGCAGGGACGAGUGCCGGAGGAACAGGAGUCCUGCUGAACAUUGAGAGGGUGUCCAGCCAGCUGGCACAGUUGGGUGCAGAGGCUCAAGUUCGAGGAUUGGUGGACUCUGGCUGGUUCCUGGAGAGUAAGCAACAAAGGGCACCCGACUGCCCUGACAGUGUCUCCUGCUCCCCUGUAGACGCUAUCAAAAAAGGCCUGCGGCUGUGGAAUGGCGUUGUGCCUGAGGCGUGUCGGCAGCAGUACAAGAAAGGGGAGGAGUGGCAGUGUUUCUUCGGCCACAAGCUCUACUCCACUUUGACCUCUCCUCUGUUCGUGGUGCAGUGGUUGUUUGAUGAGGAGCAGCUGAGGGUUGAGAAUAUCUACCUGGGAGGCCAGACUCUGUCAGGACAGCAGUGGACUUACAUGCAGAACCUGGGCAAGGAGCUCAAGAGCUCCCUCAAAGAUGUGACAGCUGUCUUUGCCCCCUCAUGCCUCUCCCACACAUUGAUCACUAAAAGUAACUGGAUGAGUUUCCAAGUCAAAGGCACUUCGCUCCCCCGGGCGCUACAGUGCUGGGACAAGAGUCUCCAGGAGGCCAACCGAAACAGCAAGACGCCCCUGAAGGGCUGCCCCUUCCACCUGGUGGACGCCUGCCAGUGGCCCCAGUGCAACCCCACCUGCCCCACCCUGAUGGACCAGGCCACCCAGCAGGAGCUCACCCUCUUCCAGAUGCUAGUCGGCAUGGGCCUGGACCUCCAAAAACUCGGCCUCGACCCCAAGAAAGACGGAGCCAUCUUGACUAGCAUGGUCAGCAACGGUGGCUAAAAGAGAAGCAAAAAACGAGAGCGGAAAAAGCGAGAGCCGUUUUUGAGGGCUUUUUAGUGAGAGAAAACUGUUAUUUUUGAGUUGUGACGUAACCAUAACAAGGUACAGAAUCUGGUUACUUCUUCUUGUGCCGCUCAGCAUUCCAUUGUGCUCCAUUGUUCUUACCUUGGCGACCUGACUGGUGGGUAUGUCACUGGGCAAUGUGUCUGUUCAGUUUGUCUCCUGGCGCUCUCUUGUGGGCAGUUGAAGGAGUCGCUCCAAUAUCAAAAUCGGGAUAUGUGAGCCUCGGGUUCUACACAGAGAACAAUGAGUGUUGAGAACGUUGAUAGAUACCAGAUACCAUACCUGCAACACACUUUCAUCUGAAUAACACAAAGUAUAAUUUUACCACAUGAUUUGUGGUGAGGUUUUUUUACAAACACCUUUACUGAUUGGAGGAUAUAAAUCAAUUUUACAAUCGAAUUUCCAUCUUUUGUAACUGAAUUGGUCUUCGAAAUGGCCGGGGUUGUAUAAUUGAACGUAGACUGGAGAAACAUAUGAAGAGAUUGAGAGAGUAUAAUAUCCAUUUUCAGGAAGUACUGUACUUUGGAAGUAGACAAGAAAGAAAGGACAGAUAAAACACAGUGUGGAAAUGUAAAAAAAAAUCUCACCCAUUUCACAGACUCUACCGUUGCAAUUUACUCUGCAAUUUAUGGAAUUAUUUAAAUCCUGUAUUUCCUAUACAACCCAUUACUGCCGCAACAUAACAUGCCUGCAUGUGAGGCAGGGCUGUUUGAAUUUUUCAAAAACGAAGGCCAAUAUUUUUAAAUGGCCUCAAGGCCGUAGAACUUUCUGCAUUUGCUUGAGUAUUGUUUUGAAGUGUGUGAGAUCUGAAUUGGUGGCUGUGUAAGCCCAUUUGACAUGUGAUGUAUUUUCUUUUCAAACGCUGAGGUAAUCACCUCUUAGCUACAUACUGUAUGUGCUAUGUACUGUAUCCACCCUAUAGUAUGGUUGUAAGACACAAUAUAUAUAGCUAUUGUAUGACAUCACAUUAAUAUUUGCUACCGUUUUCAAGUCUUCUGACUCAGAUAUUUUAAAGAGGCUUUCUGAUCGUAAUCAGUCUAACGCUGUCGGAAACAACAGAAAACGUGUAUGUAUUAAUAAUAGAAACUGUAUUUACCAUGUAAACUGUAACUUUACACACACACCAAAUUGUUGACGUUGGAUUGAGUUGUAUAUUCAACACACUGAAUAAAAGUUUUGGAUUA